AAUAAAGGUAGCUCUCUGUCUUUGCUUUUUAAAUCUUUCACGCUAUUGUUGAUAAGUCAAGGCCUUGGGGCCUGGGCCUUGACUUGGUGCCCCCUAUGCUUUCCAUUUGUGGACUUGAUGGAUUUUAUCCUUUCAACCAUGGAUGGACUUCCUCUUUCCUUCGGAGGAAAUGGGAGUGGUGGUACUAGCUCAUCGAAGGGGUUAGAUUUUGAUCUCAAUUUGCCCCCUCAAACAGAUCCGGAACCCGCGCCCCCUGAACCAUCCUCGGAGGAGGAAGAAAGUCGAAGGGAACGGGAGCUUCGGGCCUCAAAAGAAUAUAAAGCUGUCGAAAGGCACAACGAGAAGCGUGACAGAGGCAUCAAAGAGAUCGGCCAACGAGCGAAGGAAAUCGCUCAGGAGAGGGGAUUUAGCCCCGGCAAAUGCGAUGCGGUGGAAGACGCCGCAAACUAUGUGGCCUUGCAGGCCGAAGACUUAGAAGAAAAGAAACAGCUCCCCUUUCUUAAGAGGACAAAAGGGAGCCUAAAUAACUGGAACAGUUACACCUGGCGUGAGAUCUUAGAUCAUGUCAAAAAAUGGCGACCAGGAGACUAACUAUAUUCUAGUGCUUUGAGGACCCAGAAAAGGGGAAGGACCUUGCACACCCCACAAAGGAAAGGGCUCGUCGAAGGAGAUGCAUUUCAGGUACUGGUAGUACUGGACAAGCUCUCAGGG